AUGUCAAAAAUCGUUGUCCAGAUAUUGAAGGCUGCAGUGCGCCUACCAGCCUUGUGCUCGCAAGACAACCUGCUUGUAGCAUCCUCAGAGAAGGAGCAGUCCGCGCGCUCACGGAAAUGGUGGCCUAGGUGGUAUCCUUGGGUGGCUCAUGCCGUGCUGUUCUGCCUAUGGCUUCCACUCUACCUCUCGCUCCGCCCAUCGACUGAUCGACAGUGCGCGAGACAACUGUCUACUCCCUUCCGUUUCAAUGGUUCACUGACAUACCCGUCGAUCUUCCGAGGUAGCCCAUCGCCGGAACUCGAUGCUGCAUGGGAUAGAAUAUCGACAGUCCGACCUAUAGCGAUCACGGACGACGACCUCUCGAGGGCGGGCAAACCAAUCUUGCCGUCUUUGGUGAAGAUUAAUAAUGAUGGGCGAUACAUUGCAGAGUUGGAAGUCGUGCAUCAGCUGCACUGCUUGAACAUGUUGCGCGAGUUCACGCAUCCUGAAAAGUACUCACACGGCGAAGAAGAUCCUGAGCUGUACAGGAAUCACAUAGACCACUGCAUCGAGAUGCUUAGACAGCAAAUUAUGUGUACCGGUGACACCGGGCUGGUGACCUUCCAUUGGGUAGAGGGACACGUGAGCCCUUGGCCCGACUUCAAUACAUGGCAUCAGUGCAGAGACUACGAGAAGAUCAUGGAAUGGCGGGAUGAGCGCGUGGUGCAUCUCCCGCUAGAGAUUUCUGAGGAUAUCGCUCGGCUGAAAGAGGCGCCAUGA